AUGGUCUUAAACGAGCAAAGAGCACGUGUCAAUAAGUUGGAAAAGUCAAAAAACCCAACACAAGGUAACAAGAACACGCCAGAUGUUGCUGAUUUCGCUUCUGCGAGGCAUGAAAAAGAAAUUGACAAUAUUAAGACGAUGUUGAAUGCUCAAAUAACAAGAAUGAAUCAUUUGGAAAACGAAAACAACAAUUGCUGGAUGAAUAUCUUUGUCAAGGCUGGUUUUAAAAGGCAAAAUCGGCCGAGAAAAAAUGGAGCACCGGGUCUAGAUCUCCCACGAGGAAAAAAGGAGCAAAACAACAAAAAUCCUUUUUCUUCACUGAAAAGAAAGAAAAGAGCCAUCAUACCAGAUCAACAACAAAUGGCGGCUGAACUGGCUGAGCUCAAAAGGGACAUUCAUAAGAUCAUACAAGCUUUGGGGGCCUUGCAAUUUGAAAAGGAAAUACCAGGACCGAGAGRACCACCAGGUCAGUCCGUAGUACCACCACGAUCAGUAAUUAUUUCACCUCCACGUUUGGUUGUCAAUGAAAGUCAGUCGGCCAUCUUGAAUUGUUCUGCCAGUAGAUAUCCACAACCUGUUUUUGCGUGGAGUAAAGUCAAUGGCUCAUUACCAAAAGAGAGGUUUAUUGUCGACAGUAGCGGUGCACUAAGGCUAAAGCAAGUCCGUCCGCAUGAUUCGGGUACUUAUCAAUGUAAAGCCACGAAUAUUCUUGGUAGUGAGCAAAGCAAUGUGACGAUCGAAGUGAACUAUGCUCCUCGAGUGACCCUGAGUGGUGGACCAGUUUUUAAAGAGAUGGGCAAAAACAUCGUUAUGCCUAGGUGUUGGGCGACAGGACGUCCUAAACCAAAUAUCACGUGGUUGAAGUCUGGUGGUUCGUUGGAUAUCAACAGCACCAUUAUCAAGGAUGGSCAAAUGACGUUAUUGAGAUCCAAGAAAGAAGAUUCUGGCACAUAUUCUUGUAAAGCUGAGAAUCKWCUUGGUAUUGUUACCAAGAAAACGAUUCUUAUUGUUGUUGAGCUGCCAAAAUUCACUGUAAAACCUCCUACAUCACUCGUCGCCAUUCCUGGAAAAACUAUUCGCCUGAAUUGUAGUGCCAAAGGAGACUUUSCAAUAACUAUAACAUGGAAAAAAGAAAAUGGCGCUCUUCCUUCUGGCAGUAGUGAAGAGAGAGAUGGCUCCUUGAUCAUAAAAGAUUUCAAAAAAGCAGACUCAGGUGUGUAUGUUUGUACCGCUAAAAUGUAUCAUAAAUUUGAAAAACAAUCCAAAUCGACCGUUUAUGCGGACUUAAAAGAUUGUUCAGAAAUCUACAAUUUGGGAGAGAGACGGGACGGUGUGUACACAGUUCAACCUGCAGAKAGCCAAAGCGCCAUUCAAGUUUACUGUGACAUGACAACUGACGGUGGGGGAUGGACUGUUUUCCAAAGACGAAUUGAUGGAUCUAUCGAUUUCUAUCGAAAUUGGCAACAAUACAAAAAGGGUUUUGGAAACCUGAAUGGCGAGUUUUGGUUGGGUAACGAUUACAUCCAUAAACUGACAGCAAGAACAGCAUCAAGUCUUCGCGUUGAGCUCGGGGACUGGGAUGGAACUCGRAUUUAUGCCAAAUAUGGCAGUUUUAGUGUAGCUAAUGAAUCAGACAAGUACAGGCUGAGGGUUGACUCGUAUUCGGGUACAGCUGGAGACUCAUUAGCAUAUCACAAAAACAUGAUGUUUACCACCAAAGAUAGAKAUAACGAUUUGAGUGAAAAUCGCAAUUGUGCUGUUGAAAAUUCMGGUGCUUGGUGGUAUGGGAWGUGUUCARWGUCUAGCCUCAAUGGGAUAUUUUCAGUAAAGAUUGGUAUGGGUGGAAAGCAGUGGUAUACGUACAAACRCAUAUGGUCUUAUGGGAUGAAAACAACUGAAAUGAAAUUUCGACCACAAAUUUAAGCUAUAGUAAGGGACUGUGCAAUAUUUACCAGGAAGAAGG